AUGGCGUCCUUAGAGGACAAUAUAGGCGCAUUGAGCAUAAGUGAUAAACUUGUCGACGUGACAAAUCAUUUAAAAACCCUUGCCCGCCAUCUCCAAUCUGAAAGUAUAAUAAAGGCCCCUCAGUUUGAUUUGUUCGAGGGAACACACUCUCUUGAAAUCAACAACACGAAAUUAGAUUCAAGCUUACUAAAACUGAGUGUCGAUGAAUUAAACUUUGAUUGUCAAACGUCGUAUGGUGAGUCGGACGAAGAGAAAGUGGCAUUUGUGACUGCCAUUGCAGAUCGUCUUUGCAGAUCUAUCAUGGUAUGGUUGAAUGAUUAUCAGACUCUUCCAACGACGGUUCUAAGUUGUCGAUAUGUUGAAGAUAUGAUGUAUUCUUUUACUGAGGAUCCUACAUCUGACCUCUCAACUUGCAGAUUGAAGACGGGCCACGAAAUCUACGAUCAAGUACUAGUUAGUUGCAUUCUGACAACAUGCUACUUUGUUAAAGUGGUUCAGACACUCUUUAAAGCAGGGGUUGUUUUUGAGGAAGAAGAUCUGAACUGCAACACCAUGGGCCUCAACAUGCUUUCAACAGUCGCAUUAACGACAGUCACUAGCCAUGCUGAAAAUUCGUUGAAGUUACUUCGCAACAAAUACCCGAAUGCCCAUCAAUUGGCACUAAUUCUUCAACUUUUGGAUAGCCUUGCAAGAAUUCAUGACUUGAUACCAGUUGAUCAAACCGACUCUGCAGCAGAUAACCGCGGAACUCUUGAGGUAUUAAUACGAUGUGCAAAACAACUGAAAGAACUGCCCGCUACAACGAUUAAAGUCCCAAAUGGUUCCUUCUCUCCAGGUAUUCAAAAGAGGCUUUCUAAUCAAUUUCCUCCAAGGGCAAUUGUCGAGCCAAGGGGCAAUGAGUAUGAUGCAUUCAUAACAAUGGCAGAAGACAUUCUAAAAGUCUUAGAAGUAGACGCUGCGAAUUCGGUAGUGGAGAUUAAUCAGUUCGCAUUUUUUUUCAAUCGUAGUAGACAAAGACAUGUUGUCGCAAGAGCUCUGUUCCCUCUUUACCUUAUGAGAGACGAUCAAAUGAUAUUGGAUAAGUUCACCUUCAACGACUUUUCAAAACAGCACUUUAUGGAGUUCUCUUUAUGUGGUACACAAUUAGCCACAUCUUUGAGAAUUCAGCCUCAGGACUCUCCACUUGUAGUUAAAUUCGAGUCCUUUAUGCAAGAGGUUUCGGCCGUUCUUUUUGAAUGGUAUCAGAAUGCUUCGCAAAACACAUGUCGUUACAGACAGGGUUAUAACAGGCAACUUCUUUUGUGGGACUCUUUACAAGCUCAGAUAGAGGUUUUUGAGAUGGAACUUGAGUCCCAAGGAAUCAAAGACGAACUAGGCGAAGAGAGUACGCUUUUGCCGCUAACAACUUGGGUUUACUUCAUGAAGCUAACUGCGAUGAUGGAAUUCGUUCUCAAGGGAUUCGAGCUGGAUGUUUACAAGCCAUGGGAAUUCUACACCAUGUAUUGGUAUAGUUAUUAUCUUGCUCAACACCUCGAAAACAACCUGCAGAGAGUUCAGCGACACUUAGAGCAGAGAAUAGCAGUAAUCCAAGCUAUGAAUAAAAAGUUAAAGAAGUUGAAAGCUGGUGCGAAGAAAGACAGCUUGAGAUCAAGUUACCGAUGGUGUAUGGAUCAUGAAAUGCCUCAACUUCGUUCCAAUUUCAAGUAUGUUGAAUAUCUUCUCAAGAAAUGUACCUUGUCAAAGACUUUAGCUCUUGUAGAAGUUUUUCAUUUUGCCAUUAUCAAGUCGAUUGGCGUGAUAGACAAUAGAGAUCUUUCCAGCUCGCGAUUUAGCUCCCCAGAGCUAGUCCACAAAUUACGAUUCAAGACAUUUUCUUCCAUUGGAAUACCAGAGCUUCCAUCUUACAGUGCGUUUCAAAAUUCCUUGAACGAAUUUAUGAUACAAGAGCCUAUGUUCACCGUGAAAUUUCAGCGCUCUGUGGAGUUCAUUCAAUCUGAACUUGCAAAGGCGAAAGCCGCCGUCGAUUUUAUUUCGAAUGCCAUCAGACAAGGAGAGGAUAAAGAUCACGAGCUGAUUACAGGUACACAUCUGGUGAAAGACCAGGCGCUCGAAUAUUACGAGAGCAUACUCAAGAGUAUUGAGGCUUUGAAGUCUAACACUAAUAGUUUACACGACCAAAUUGGUAGCAAGUCCCCUAACAGUUUCACUUCUUAUAAGAUCAGGGUUCAGACUGCCCCACAAGCCUGUUCAUAUUAUCCACUAUUAACAUUGCAGAAAAAAUAG